GGAGAGGAUCACCGUGGCGGCCGCGGUAAGGGGGAGAAGCCCUCGCCGGAGCACAAGCCACGCCACGAGCACAACCACCCUCGUCCGCCCAAGGAGGGAGGGAAGCACCACCACCCUGGAGGAGGAAUGAGGCGGUUGUUUGCGGCGGCGGCGGAGGAGGUUGUGGCUGAGGGGGAUCACUACUCCGGCAGAGGACGUGGCAAGGGCGAGAAAGGGUCCGGCCGUCACCAUCAUGACCAUGAGAAGCCCAAGCACGAGAAGCCGCGUCACCGCAAGUUCCCUCCUCCGUCUGCCAACUAAUUAAUGUGUUGUUGAACUAAGGUCCUGUAUUAGAGAAGUCGGUAAUGUGGUAGUAUCA